CGGAAGCGUUAUGGUGGGAUAUAAUUCGCUGCGUGAUGCUUGCAUCUUUGGUAGAGGCGGUAAUUCUACCGAUGCUUUGAAUGCUUCUGUUGGCGCAAUCAUUGACUUUUUUAUGGCUCGUGAGGAACAAGCAAGCGUCAGUUUGUCUGGAAGACGUUGUCCUUCCAUUCCGGACAGCAUACCAAAAAAAAAGUUUCCCGAAGACCUCAAGAAGGCAAUUCAAAAUUUCAUCAUCGCCCGUUGGCCCAAAUGGCACACAGGCGACAAAUCCAUGACACCCCUGCGGGUGAAUGCAUCCAUUAAAGCAAAACUCAACGGCGCUCACAUCGCAUAAAAAAAAACCCAGAAGAAAGUAGCUGCCGCUAUUGGAGAUAUUAUUGGAGAGAACAGUGAAGAUAUAGACGUAAUAUUAAUGACCGACGAGAACCCACAGUCGGCUGACGACGAAAAUUUAUCCGAAGACGAUCUUAUCUAAAUAAUCUCCCUGUUACUAUUGCCUUCUAAUUAUCUUGGUCAUGUUGGUUUAGAUACGUGUUCACGCUGCCAGUUUGCUUGUGUUUUCACUGUGUUUUCAAUGUGUUUUUCACUGUGUUUU